GGAACGGCUUCGGUUUUCACGAUGUCACGAAUCUCCUUGCGAUGAGUCAGUCCUCUUAUUCCAGGUGGUCCGGGCCGGCGGGGACCAGUCCCCUCCGAUGGGUGUGGUGAAUUAUUUAAACCGGUUGUCUCCUAUGUGUUUGGUGUCUGUUUCGAGUCUCGUUCUUGCGCAUCGUCCGUGCGGCUCCUCAGAGUUGCGGGUCCCCUCGUCUGUGGACCCUUCGUGUGGCGGUAGCGGCAGUCUCCAGGCAACCUCUCCUCUUCCUCUCCCCUCCCCGUUCCCCGGAAAGCAGACAAAUGAAUCUCCGGGUGAAACUUCGGGCGGGAGGAAGUCCUCGCUGCCGAUAUCCUCAGCCAGGUUUUUCUCCUCCAAUUCAACUGGGUGGUCAGAAAAUGGCGGCCCAAAAGGGCCGUAUAACCCUGACCUUUUAUAUAUACAUGUAUGGUAAUCCUCCCAGGUCUAUGGAGUUUUAGGAAACGGUAGCAUAUCAAUCAGAGAUCUAUCAGUCUUUGGAUGUAGUAUCAGCGAGUUGUGGCAUUCUUCUGUAGUGACGAGAGAGAGAGAGAGAAGAGAGGAC